UGAUGAUGAUGACGAACUGAUGAAGACUAUAGAGAAUAAGUGUGAUAAUUUUGGAAAGUGGAUGGUGCAGGUGCAGGUGAAGGUGCAGAUGCAAGAGGUGCAAGUGUCAAUGUUGAUAAAGUCAACUUGGACUGGAGAAGUGUCAUACUGGCGGACUUUGUCAGAUGAUGGAACUGAGCUGGCUAAACGGAGUAAACACAGUGAGCACGAGGUCGACUCGCUGGAAAUUGCAGUGGGAUCCUCGUUGGUACAUCCAGAAAGUGACAACAGAGGAAUCCAAGUGUGAGUGGAUUGGUAGUAGUAAUAGGAUUGAGAAGAAGAAAGAGGAUUCGAAGCAUCAUCCUCGAAAAAAAUCAAGUGUGGUGGCGCGGCGUCGGGUGCCGCCACCAGAAACACAACCAAGAAGUGAAGAGAAGAAAUCAAAGGAAGAAGCAUUGUUGGAGACCACCAACAAGACGGCAAAAGAAUCAGAACCAGAGGCAGGAGCAAAAGCAGGGAGAGGUUCUUACAGAUGCGGUGCCCGGUGGGGCCAGCCCGCGGCGGCGUGACGCGAUGCGGACGCGCCCCUCCUGCACGACUCUCGGGAAUCUUGGGAGAAAAAAAAAGCGUGGACAUGGUGAAGCGGUUCCACAUCAAAAAGAGAGGCCAAGAAAUGCAACGCUACUUAUCGUUGCUAUUGGACUACUGUGGACAAUGCGAGCCUGCGAUGCUCUUACUGCACCCGGCUCUUCAUCCCAGCCGCAGCCGCAACAACAGCAGCAACAACAGCUCAAGUAUAGCUCUCGUCAGGUCAGGACUCGUUAUGGAACAUUACGCGGCAUUGUUGCCCGCUCCAUGUCCGUGGAAGGUGUUGAAGCUUACCUCGGUGUACCAUAUGCUACGCCACCGUUGGGCGCACUUCGUUACAUGCCACCCGUCACGCCAACUCAAUGGAGAGGCACCAAACUCGCGGAUACCUUGCCUCCCGCGUGUCCACAAAAAAUACCUGGUUUGGAGCCAAAUCUGCCACGUCGUCGACGUGCUUAUAUCGAUAAUAUUAUUCCUUUACUCACUAAUCAAAGCGAGGACUGCCUGUACCUCAAUCUAUACGUACCUCGACCACAACACGGCAGUAGCACAGAAUUGCUGCCAACUUUACUUCUUAUUCAUGGGGAUUCUUACUCUUGGGGAGCGGGUAAUCCUUUGGAUGGCACUGCCUUGGCCGCUCAUGGUCGCAUCAUCGUAGUAUCAAUUAACUUUCGUCUGGGUGUCUUGGGUUUCCUCAAAACUGGUACAAAAAGUAGUGCCCAAGGUAAUUAUGGUCUUAUGGAUCUUGUUGCGGGUCUUCAUUGGCUUCGUGAAAAUAUAGAAGCAUUUGGUGGCGAUCCUGAACGUUUAAGUAUUCUUGGGCUAGGAACUGGAGCAGCAUUAGCUAAUUUUCUAGCAGUUUCGCCAAUGGCUAAAGAACUCGUUGAGAGAGUUAUACUAUUAGGCGGUUCUGCAUUAUCGCCAUGGGCAAUACAACGUGAUCCUAUCACAAUUAAACGUCGAGUUGCUGAACAAACUGGGUGUCUUGGGGAUGUUGAAACUGAUGACAUUGCAAUAUGUUUACGCUUGAGAAGUAUUGAUGAAUUACUUAAUGUUAAUCUUGAUACUCCAAGAUUUACUUCUGGAUUUGCUCCUUUUAUGGAUGGUACUGUGUUACCAUUGGGUUCUCAGGUAACACAACCUACUGCUUCAUCGGCGGGUAUUUUGCCAUUGGUACCAGGACCUGGAAGUGAAUUUACUGCUUUAGGAAAUCGAGAUCUUCUUAUGGGAUUAACAUCAUGUGAAGCAUGGUUGGAUUUGAGUGAAGAUGAUUUAAAAGUUGGUUUAAAUUUUUUUUUUUUUUUAUUAAAAUUAAUGAAUUAUUUUAUAAAAAUUGUUUGUAAAAAAUUAAAUAAAAUUUUAUUUCAGAAUGGUAUUAAUGCAACUAGAAGAGACCGAAUAUUAAGAACAUACGUUCGAAAUACUUAUCGGUAUCAUCUUCAUGAAAUUUAUUCAACUUUGAAAAAUGAAUAUACUGAUUGGGAAAAAGAUGAACAAAGCCCUAAUGCAAUUCGAGAAAGUUUAUUAUCUUUAUUAGGGGAUGGGCAAGUUGCUGCUCCACUUCUUAGAUUAGCAUUAUUACAUUCGGCGUCUGGGGGACGAGGUUACCUUUUUCACUUUCAACCUGGUGAUCAUCCCAGCCAACGAGGGGAUGAGCUUCCAUUUCUUUUGGGUAUACCACUGCUUAGGAAUGAGCCAAGCCGUUGGCUAUACUCUGUUAACUAUACUAUUGAAGAUGAAAGUAUUUCACGUAUGCUAGUGCGAUACAUUGCAAAUUUUGUACGUCGAGGCAAAUACCCUUUUUUACAUCCUUUCAUUUAUUUUUAUUUUUAUUUUUAUUUCUAUUUUUAUAGGGAUCCUAAUGAAGGGAAUCCAAAUAAUGAAAAAUUCAUGAAAAAUUCACCUUUUUGGGAUUCAUAUGACUCGAUAAAUCAGCUCUAUCUAGAAGUUAGCAAAUUAACUGAAAUGCAUUCUCACUACCGUGGUCAUAAGAUGUCAUUGUGGCUAAAUCUUUUGCCGCAGCUGCAUCGUCCAGGUUACGAGAUCAGUAUGCGUCAUCAUCAUCUGGCAGAGAGCCCAAGUCUUUACGAGGGUGCAGUACGGCCUCAAACAAUGGCUUUACCGCUACCACCACCGCCACUUUCCGUACCUAUGCCCACAGAAGCUUCUAUAUCUUCAAAGCCUAUUGAAAGUACAGAAUGUACUCCCAACAUUUCAGUUGUGCCUAUGAGCACAAUUAUUCCCACUCGUUCUACUCAACAACCAUUACCUAAAUUAUCCCCAGGGCCUAACAAUCUUUUGCGUAAAUUUGCAUCAAAUCAUUAUCAGAGUUAUACAACAGCCUUAACUGUAACAAUAGCUGUUGGUAUAUUUCUGUUAUUACUGAAUAUUCUUAUUUUUGCUGGAAUUUAUCAUCAGCGCGAUCGGAAUGCCGCGGCUGCUGCAGCAGCCUCUAUAAACCCAUCAUUAUCAUUGGGUUUUGUUGAACACAAAAAAAAGGAACGACUGCUUGAAGCUGGAUGUUCCGGAGUGGAGUCAAUAAGUGCCAGUGGAAAACUAUCAAGACUGUCUUCUUUUGUCCUAAAUGACUCAUCUAUUUCAUCAAGUCCUUCAAUUCACAAACAUAAACUUGCACAAGAACUCGAAUUACAAUUACAAGAGUUUCAAUGCUCACCACCACCCGGUGGAGGUAAACGGAUGUCUCUAGAUCCACCGUCCUACGCUAUAUGUAAAAGUCCGGGCGUUAAUCGUAGUCGAACACCUUCACCGUGUGUUGAUGUUGCAGCACAAAAUAAUCAGUUGGAGCCUCACGAUCGAGGUAUAGCUGAUGAUGACGAUGAUGACGAAUUCUUGCCUGAUCCACCUCCACCGCCAAAAGUACCUGCACCCAAUGUUUGUUCAGGAAUUCUAAGACAACCCGGAACACCGGGUAGUGCUAAGAAGCGUGUGCAAAUUCAAGAAAUUUCAGUGUAA